AUGGCCAAGUCCAAGAACCACACCACGCACAACCAGUCCCGAAAAUGGCACAGAAAUGGCAUAAAGAAACCACGAUCACAGCGAUAUGAAUCUCUUAAGGGGGUGGAUCCCAAGUUCCUGAGGAACAUGCGCUUUGCCAAGAAGCACAAUAAGAAGGGCCUGAAGAAGAUGCAGGCCAACAAUGCCAAGGCCAUGGAUGCACGUGCUGAGGCUAUCAAGGCUCUUGUAAAGCCCAAGGAGGUCAAGCCCAAGAUCCCAAGGGGUGUCAACCGCAAGCUCAGUCGACUUGCCUACAUUGCCCAUCCCAAGCUUGGGAAGCGUGCUCGGGCCCGUAUUGCCAAGGGUCUCAGGCUUUGCCGGCCAAAGUCCAAAGCCAAGGCUCAAAGUAAGGCUGAAGCUCCAGCCAAGGCCUCAACUCAAGUUCCAGCUCCGGGUCAGGCUGCCAAAGGUGCCCAGGCCCCCAAAGGUGCCCAGGCCCCCACCAAGGUUCCGGAGUAG